AAUAAACCUCAUUCGAAGUCACUUCUAUUUCAACUCCCGAGACACUCUCUCUCUCUCUGUCAAACAGUGAAUAGAAUAGUGGUGGUGGUCAGUGUAGGUACACAGUACGCACCCAACAACCUCCACUCUCACUCUCUAAACAGAUCUCGCUCAGACACACACUGCCCUUUAACUGUGUUCCUCUUGUUCCCCGCUCAUUCAUUAAUAUGUGAUUGACACUACAUUGCAUUAGUAUUAGCAUUAUUUCUCUGGAUCCAACAGGGUACAUUGCAAUAAUGAAUGAAGCUAGAGCGUUUCAAACUAAUACGCCAUUUAAUUUGGCGGAGAUCUGGCCGUUUACGAUCAAUGCUGCACCGCCUUAUGGUUUCAGUAAUCAAGAGCAUAUUCCGAUGAAUGAUGAUCCGAUGGUUGUCGACCUCAGAACAAAUAGGAAGCGACGCGAGGAUGACAAUGAAUCUGCUAAAGGAGUUUCUACUAGUGGCAAUAAUGCCUUGAGUGAAUCUGAUAGUAAGCGGCUGAAGGCCACGGGAUCAAAUGAGAAUCGGGAAUCAGGAGGUGAUGGGGAAGGGAAUUCAGGAAAAUCUGCAGAUCAACCUGGAAAGACAGCUGAGCCAUCUAAGGAUUACAUUCAUGUGCGAGCAAGGAGAGGUCAAGCUACCGAUAGUCACAGCCUAGCAGAAAGAGCCAGGAGAGAAAAGAUCAGUGAGAGGAUGAAAAUCCUACAAGACUUAGUUCCUGGCUGUAACAAGGUUAUUGGAAAAGCUCUCGUCCUUGAUGAGAUAAUCAAUUAUGUCCAAUCAUUACAACGCCAAGUUGAGUUCCUAUCAAUGAAGCUCGAAGCAGUUAAUACAAGAUCCCCAAGCAUCGAAGGAAUCCCUACUAAAGACUUCGGGCAGCAAGCAUACGAGACAAACGGUAUGGCAUAUGGUUCACAAGGUACAAGGGAAUAUGCCGGGGGAACAUCACCAGGUUGGUUGCAUAUGCAGAUUGGUGGUGGAUUUGAAAGAACAACAUAAAGUAAAUAAUCGGCAUCAAAGGCUAAUAAAUUCUUAGGAGGCUCAUGCUUCCUCCAGGAACUGCCAAAAUAUAUAACAUUUCCUUGUUUAAAGAUAGCUUGUUUCUGAUCAGGCACAGAGUUGUUGUACGUCUUUAGGACACCAAGAACCUAAUCACUAUCCCCUUGUGCAAUGAACACAAAAACUGUCUUUCUAUAGUGUAACAGACAGAAUAUUCUCUUUCACGGCAACUGAGCAAAGUUGCUAAAUGUACACUGGUGAGAAUGCCUAUUUGACAUGGUUAGUAAGGUAUAUCAAGAAGCUGAAAUCUGUGCCUGUUGUUCCAAAAA